AAACUUGCGUUAUCAUCAUCUUCUUGUUCUGCUCUCCAAUUCUUGAAAAAUGGUAAUGAUAAACUGUGUCUCCCUUCCAAAACAAUUCCCUCUCCCAAAAUUGGAUUCACCUCUUCCUCCAUCCAAACUGGAGGCUAAAAAGGUCAUGUUUAGCCGGAGCGUGUUAAUCGGAGCUGCUGGAAUUACCAUAAUGUCCCUUGCCGGACCCUCCUCCGCUGCUGAGUUUCCGAUUCUCACUGAGCCAUCCAACGCUCUCUCUCUCCCAACCUGGGCUGUUCACGUUUCCAGCGUCGUCGAGUGGGCUACUGCAAUGGCUUUGGUGUGGCAGUACGGCGAGAAAUCUGGUUAUCAAUCUUGGAAGGGUCUCUCUUGGGGAAUGGUACCCUUGUUAGGUGGAGCACUCUGUGCUUGUACAUGGCAUUUCUUUUAUAACGCAGAGUCGCUUGAGAUCUUGGUGGCUCUUCAAGCAGCUUUGACUGUGAUUGGUAAUGCGACAAUGUGCAUAGCUGCCUACCGCAUAUAUGAAUCAUCACAGGAACGCUCCAAAAACUCUUGACUUCGAUCUUUAAUCCAAAAGCUUCUUCCUUCACUCUGUCUCAACGGUAAGAGAAAGUUCUCGAUGUUUGAGGGUUCAUCCAUUGAGAUCUGAGUAGUAAGAAGUCUAGUUUGAAAGAAUUGGACACAAUUCUUUCAAAUGAUAUAAGUGGAUGUUCUUCUACGCCUGUCUUACUGAUUCUCAUGUUGUAACUUUCUUUACAUUUCUAGAGGCAUAUAGUUGGUAUUUGAUUGUGUAAUAUAGCCCAUUUUAAUUGUUUAAGUUUAACAGCAUUUAUUA